UAUCGGUUAGUUAGUCGUUCAGCAACCGAGUGGCGCCCGCGCACGUCGCUGUUCUCGAGGGCGCGUCGGCUCGCCGCGAAAACUAUCGCAAAAAUAUAUUUUGAAAAUAACGGUGACUUUAAAAAAUAUUUCAACCCGAAUGCAAAUUACUUGUAACGGAACUAGGGCAUGAUGAUUUGCCGCGCGAAUUUAUUCGUAAUUGGAGUUAUUUUCCGAAUAACAACCGUAUCCCCGAUCUCUGAAAUGGAUUCAGACGAUGAGGUGCUGCACCUGAUCGGCGAGCCAGACUUCCGGGACGUGCGCCUGCGCUGGGAGUACGGCAAGAACGACGAGUCCAGCCCCAAGCUGCUGGCCUUCCAAGUCCACUACUGCGAGCUGCAAGCGUGGGGCCAGUACCGGUGUAGGACAAAGGCAGUAGACAACUUAGAAGAGGACAAGUCUUCGCGACCUGUCUCAGAGGCGUCGACAGGCCAGCCGCCAGCGCCGCGGCGCGCGCGCACCUACAGCGCUCGCAUCACGGGCCUGCGCAUGGCUACCACCUACUCCUUUGAGGUGCGCCCGGUGCGCCGCGACGCUAGAGACCUAGCUGAUCCGCAGUCCAUCGGCUCCAAAAUUAUUAUAGUGCCCACUAAAGGAUUUUCAGCUCGAGCCACGCAGUGUCUGCCUCACGCCAGCGAAGUCGAAGUCUCGACAGGACCCAACUUCGGUGGGCGCAUCGCAGUAGAGGCCGCGGAUGGCGGGCCCGAGCGCUGCUCGCUGCAGGGCAACCCCAAUAGUGCGCAGGAUGCCUAUAUCCUCCGCAUACACCACGACGAGUGUGGCUCCGAAGUCAACGACACGACUGUUGCUACUUACGUCAUCGUCCAAGAGAAUCUGCCGAUACUCACGCACAGCACCAGAAGAUUCCUAGUCCUGUGCACUUAUAAGCCAGAGACUUUGACUGUCAGAGCCGGAAUAAACUUACCUAAAGCUAACCCUGGAGAUGUCCUCCAUCAGGUGAAGCCUCAUUUGGGAUCUGUCGAGCCAUACGACACGCAGGAUUUAGAUUAUAACGAACUACAGCCUGCAAGGCUUGAAGCACGGAAAGAGGAUACCCAGCCAAGUGUCUUUGGAGAAAUAACACUAGUGAUGUUUUUGGUGGUAGCUGCAUUUGGCGGCGUUGCUCUACUGAUUUGGAAGAUGGUGCCGCAAGCCGAUCGGGACAACAUAUCUAUUGCAACAGCAUCGUCCCUUUCCCGAAGCAGUAUUUUCGGAAGGCGGAACCGAGAUAGGUUCUCAGACCAAAGCUCAGUAUAUUCAAUAACUCUAUCCGAGAAGUCGGAAGAUCCAGUGAAGAAAACAAAUGAGUGUGACAAUACCUCAGAAGCGUGAAUGACUCGUUCUUUAACGAGGUAUCACGUUAUAUCGCAUUAAUUUUACGGUAUGAUACCGUGCACAAAAUUCACAAUCGGUCACGUGGAUUAAUCGCGUGUUAAUUUGAUGGCAAGUGAAUACACAUUGGAGUGCGGUCUAUUGAAAGUUUAAAAAAAUAGGUUACUUAGCGAUGCAUGUGGCCAGUACAUUUUUGCACAAUGACACUUAUUUACGUAAUAAUGCUAUAAUUGCCAUACGAUGGACUUGUAACACCAUACUAAUAGAAAUGUUCAAAUAAACAUUUAAUCAUA